AUUUGUUUAUCGCCUAUCGGUUUUAUGUUUUUACAAUUUACACUUGUUUUUCAUUAAACUCAAAAAUCUUUUUCAGAAGUUGUAGGAAUAUUAUUAAAAAAAAUUAUAAAUUCUAGUUUAUCAUUCAUCGUACGAAUAACUCGAAAUGGUAAAAUUGAUGGUUUAAUCGUUUUAGUGUUUUCCUAAUGGUAUAGGUUCACCUAAAACAAAAUAAAUUUUUUAUUUGCCAUAUUGGAUAAUAUUUACUAUUUACCUAUUUGUAUAUUUUUUUUUUUCUUAUUUUCUAGUGUUCGGUGUUGGUAAUUGGUGAUAUGCACGUACCGUUCCGUAGUAGUGGACUUCCAGCACAAUUCAAGAAAUUGCUGACUCCGGGGAAAAUACAACAUGUCUUGUGUACAGGUAACUUGUGCACAAAAGAAAUGUACGAAUUCUUAAAAUCGAUCGCCAAUGACGUGCACGUCGUACGUGGUGAUUUUGAUGAGGUAGUGCAUACAUACAAGUUAUUUCUCAUAAUUAUAAUUAUAAUAUAACUAUUUUUAAUUAGAUUUUUUUUUUUUCCUAGAACCUUAACUACCCCGACCAAAAAGUAGUGAAUGUCGGUCAAUUUAAGGUGGGCUUAUGUCAUGGCCAUCAAGUGAUACCAUGGGGAGAUCCCGAAUCUUUGUCGUUGCUCCAAAGGCAAUUGGAUGUUGAUGUACUGGUAUUUGGGCACACUCAUAAAUUUGACGCCUUUGAACUCGGCAAUAAGUUUUUUUUGAAUCCAGGAUCAGCUACUGGUGCUUUUAAUCCUUUAAAUCCGUAAGAAUUUUUAUGUUAAUAUUAUAGGCACUUUUAAAUUACUGCUUUAAAUAUGAUACUGACAAUCACCCGUACAUAAAUUCUUUUAGACAUUUAUAAGAUUAUUUGAGAUUAAAAUUAUGUACCUAUUAUGAUUUACAUAAUAUAAAGAAAAAUUGUUUUGAUAAAUGUAUGCCUUUAGUAGUAUAAUAAUGCAUAAUAGCAAACAAAGAAAGUGAAUAGCUCAACAAAAUAAAUGUCUGGUGAAUAAUAAUAAUUAUUACUAACCAAGAUAAUAAAGUCUUUUAAUAUUAUUUAUUUUUUUUACUAACUUAAUUAAAUAUUACAAUAAUUUAUGUGUUUCUGUCAAAAAUAUCUUAUCUUAUAAUAGCCACAUCUUAUUGUGGCUGUAUAAGUGACCCACUAUGUAUAGUUUUUCUAUCCAAUUAAUAAUAUAUCUAUACAAUUGAAAUGGGCGAUCUGCUCAUUUUUAUUGGAUAAUGGUUUUGUUAUAAAAAAUAUUUUGAUAGAUAACAAUAAUGUACUUUUUUGAUGAUAUUUUACUCUACCUGUGUUUUAGUUGUAAUCAUGUAAUAUUCAUAAUUUUUAUUAAACAUUAUGUUUGAAAUUUUCUUUUAGGCUUCAUACCUACAAAAAUAUAUAUAAAAAAAGUUCUUAAUAUUUUGAAAAAUAUAACAUGCAAUUUAAUACUAAUCUUAUAAAUAAUUUUAAUAUUAAUGUACAUUCAAUUUUGGCCUUAAGAAAUAUUUUUUAUUUCUUUAUAUAAAUAAUAAUACAGGUACAGAUAGAUAGAGAAACCAGACAUUCUGAAUUAGUUUUAUAGUAGUAAAAAAACAAUUAAUUUUUAAGUUUUAUUUUUGAAAACAAAAAGUAAAUUAAAUGUAACAAGACAAAAACAUUUUAAUUUCUAAAAACAAUGCACAUCAAAAGAAUAAUACUAUUUCCAUAUAUCCAUUCCAGGAAUAAAAUUCUGAGAUUUUAUUUAGCACUUUGUAACACUUCUCUGACAAUUUCAGCAAUUUAUUGUGGAAUCUUCAUUUUAAACUUUGUAAUUGUUGUUAGGAAAGUGCUUCACAUUUCACUUUUAAGACUGCUCCAUAAGGAGAAAUUGCAUUCUGACAAGUCAGGUGAUCUCGGGAGCCAAUAAAUGUUGACUAUGAAAUUAAACUCUGUGAUUGUUUUCCGUUUGUUACCACUAUGUACAUUACUAUUAUAUUUAUUAUCAGAAAUCAAUUUUUAGAUAAUUGUUUUAAAAUUAACAAACUAAUUGAACUUUUAUUUAAAAUAACUUGUAAUUUUCAUUUUAUUUAUUUAUUUUUAAUGUUAAAAUUUUUUGUUUACUGUAUGGUAUAAUAUUUAAAUUCUAAAUUUAAAUUGCAUUCUAUUAACAUAUAACAACCUAUGUAAGUAUAAAAAUAAUAGAAAUUAAUAUUAAAAUUUAACUUUUUUUAUCAUCUAAUUUUAAAGAUAACACUAAAUAUAAGUUAAUGAUUAUUGUAAUAAAUUAUUAUAUUUUUAACACAUCAUCGGGUAGCUAAAACAUUAUAAGCUUAAUUAUUUAAGUACUUAUAAUUUAAAUAAACAAUUUGAACUACUUUACUUACAUUUAUGUAAAUAAAUGGUAAUUUUAUUCAUAAAGAUUGAGGUGUUUUUAAUUUGAUUUAAAAAGUAUGCCACCAUAAAUAUAAAAAAUAUUCUAUGGUUUUUGCUCUAAACAGUUUCAUGAUAACAAUAUUAUCCUUUUUGUGGAAUAAUAUAACAUAACUGCAAUCCUUUAAUAUUUUUCGUUCUAGUUUAUUACAUAUUAUUUACUAUUAAAUGUAUACAUUUUUUUUUUUAGGGAUAUUAUUCCUUCAUUUGUGGUUAUGGAUAUUCAAAGUUCCACAGUUGUAUCGUAUGUCUACAGGUUGGUCGACGAUGAAGUAAAAAUUGAAAAAAUCCAAUACACUAAAAAAUAAACUGUGAUUGAUAGUUUUAUACAGAUAAUAUUGCAUUUUUACAUAUAACAUUAUUUUUAUACUGGCUAAAAGUUGUUAUUGUCUAUAAUAUUAUUCGUACACUUAUUUAUUUAUUGCAAAUUUUUAUAGAUUAUAAUAGUAGCAGCAAUUAUUUUUAAUAAUUAUAGUUAUGCCAUUAUUAUAUAGAAAUAUCCUUUAUAUAGAAUAUAAUAUAAUGUUUUCACGGUUACACUUAUUUAGUUUAUACAAUUCUGUGUACUUGUUAAGUACAAUAAUUUAAUUUGUACAAGUUAUUUUCUCAAAUUAUUAUCAUCAAAUUUAUUUUAAAUUUCAUAUUUAUCAGAGUU